AGGGUGAUUUGGCAGAUUGUUUCUACAUCGUAGAGUCAGGACACGUUAAGAUCACUAUGAAGAGGAGCAAAUCGAAAAAUGACACUGAAGACGAGGAGGUGGAAAUCGCCACAUGCUCUAGAGGCCAGUAUUUUGGAGAGUUGGCGCUCGUCACUAACAAGCCACGGGCAGCUUCUGCAUAUGCCAUGGACAACGUCAAAUGCUUAGUAAUGGACGUGCAGGCGUUUGAGAGGUUAUUAGGCCCCUGCAUGGACAUCAUGAAACGAAACAUAGCCAAUUAUGAGGAGCAGCUGAUCACGCUCUUCAAGAGUCACAUCGCAAUAGAGGAGCCGAAUGCAUGAAAUCAAUUAAUCAAAAACAUCGCAAACUUAAAAUGCAAUGUGAAACGAUGAGAAAAUGGUAAGUAGAGGCCUGUCAUCAUGGUCAAGAAAUCAUGUUAACAUACUGUAGGUCAUAAGCUUGAAGUUAUUGUUUUGCAUUCACAGAUGUGAAACUCCGGUGUGUCAAUGAUAAUAGUUUUUUUUAGAUGUGAAAAGCCAAAUGUGAGUGCUUUCCUCCAGGGUUCUCAAGGUUUAUGGGAGAUUCCUCAUGGUUUUUUAGUUUGGGGAUUUGGUACCAGUGUGUUUAUCGAAAUUGUUCUCGUUUUUUAAACUUGGUUUGUGUUUCUUUCACAUGCUGCAUCUUUUACAGUGACGUCCACACAAAGACUGCAUUGUUAUGCCAUAUACAGCACAGUAAUAUGUUAAUUUAUUCUUUUAAAGCUAUACUUCUGAAUUUUUAAAUCUGCUGUUGAGCAUUUGUCAAUGUUUUCAGUGUUAUGCAAGUCAUUUUUACUGCGAGCCACUAUUUUUGACUAAACAUGAAUUCUGCAUCUGAGCUUCAUGAAUUGCAUCUUGAUGACGCCCGUUACAAAAAAUGUGAACAGUUACUUAAUGAAUUAUGGACUACAUGCCAGAGUUUAAAGUCAACAUGAAAACUAAAUUUAACAUUUACUUAGAGCACAUUAAUA